AUGACUAUGACAAUUAAGUCCAGUGAGUUAAAGACGCCCAGCAGAGUGCCACUGCCCAUAUUAGAGCUCUUGCAGACAAAUAAGAAGGCUCAAAAAGAUGUGCAGACUGGCCGUGGGGUCGUUUUUGGCACCAAGGCUGCAGCACUCAUGACAAACGUCACUCACAUUGCUUGUGGCCACUGGGUACAUAUACUUGUGCCAAUGGGAUUUGUCCUUGGAUGUUAUCUAGACAGAAAGUAUGAAGAAAAGCUAACUGCCUUCUGGAAUAAGAGUUUGCUGUUUAAGAGGGAAUUGAGACCCAGUGAAGAAGUCACCUGGAAGUAAAGGCUAUG